AUGCGGCAAUUGCCCAUAAUAGCUGCUUCCACAGCUUCAGCACAACAGUCGACGUGUUUGCGAUGCCGGCCUUUCUCAUCAUCGCCUCGCAGGAGAUUUGCAGAUGUUGCGCCAGCUGUGAAGCGCGGCGAAUCGAAGCUGUAUGAGUCUGCCGAUGCGGCUGUCGCUGAUAUCAAGAGCGGCUCGGUCAUUCUCAGCUCUGGAUUUGGACUUUGUGGUGUCGCAGAAACAAUCAUCACCGCCCUCCACCGCCGCGGGCCCGAGUCCCUGCACUCACUGACCGCCGUGUCCAACAAUGCCGGCGUCGAAGGCAAAGGCGGGCUAGCGCCGCUCGUGCAGUCCCGACAGAUCAGCAACCUCAUCCUCUCCUUCCUCGGCAGUAACAAGGAUCUGGAGAAGAAGUACCUGUCCGGCGAGAUCGGCAUCGAGCUGUGCCCCCAGGGGACGCUGGCCGAGCGCAUUCGCUGCGGCGGCAGCGGCAUCCCGGCCUUCUUCACGGCAACCGGCGCGCAUUCGCUGCUGCAGGAUGGCGCCAUUCCCGUGCGAUUGGCGCCCGACGGCCGCGUGCUCGAGCAGGGCCGCCCGCGGGAGACGCGCGUCUUCGAUGGCAAGACGUAUCUCAUGGAGACGGCGCUGAAGGGCGACGUGGCGAUCUUGCGGGCGUGGAAGGUCGAUAAGGCGGGCAACUGCGUCUUCAGGUACACGACCAAGGCGUUUGGCCCGAUCAUGGCCAAGGCGGCCAAAGUAACAAUCGUCGAGGCGGAGAAUAUUGUCGAGACGGGAGAAAUCGACCCCAAUGAUGUCGAUCUGCCGGGCAUCUUUGUCGACCGCAUCGUGCCUGCGACGGCGGAGAAGAAGAUUGAGAUUAUGAAGCUCCGCUCGACGGACGAGGGCGAGGAUUUGGCUAAGCCGAAGAAUGAUGCGCAGGUGCGACGGAAUCGCAUUGCGAGACGGUCAGCGAAGGAGCUGAAGGAGGGCUUCUAUGUGAACCUGGGUGUUGGUAUCCCGACUCUGGCGCCUUCGUUCUUGCCUGCCGAGCGUAAGGUCUGGAUCCAGUCGGAGAAUGGUAUCUUGGGCAUGGGACCGUAUCCCACGCGCGACGAGGUUGAUGCUGAUAUCGUCAACGCCGGCAAAGAGACAGUCACCCUCGUCCCUGGUGCUGCGACCUUCGACAGCUCCGAGUCCUUCUCGAUGAUCCGCGGAGGACAUGUUGAUGUGUCGAUUCUGGGGGCGCUACAAGUCAGCGCGAGUGGCGACCUGGCCAACUACAUGAUCCCCGGCAAGGUGUUCAAGGGCAUGGGAGGCGCCAUGGAUCUUGUCUCGAAUCCGGACCAGACCAAGAUUGUCGUGGCUACCGAGCACGUUGCAAAGGACGGCUCCUCCAAGAUCGUCCAGGACUGCAGCUUGCCGUUGACUGGUGCCAAGGUCGUGAGCACUAUCAUCACGGAUCUGUGCGUAUUUGAGGUUGACCGACAAGCCGGGACGCUGACCCUGACCGAGGUGGCACCAGGUGUUGAUGUCGAAGAGAUCAAGAGCAAGACCGAUGCCAAGUUCACCGUGGCAGAGGACCUGAAGGAGAUGGAGUAG